AUGAAAUAUUAUUUAAAAAAUAAAAAAAAAAUUAAAAGUUUAACCAAUUAAAAUAGAGGAAAACCCCCAAACCUCAAAUCUACUUAAUUGAAAAUCCCAAAUCUUUGGACUAACUAAUUCUAGUGUAUUUAACUUUUUAAAUUUUUGACAGAAGAAGGAAGGCAUGUAUAUUUUCAUUUAGCAGGUAAGCGUUCUUAAAAAGUUGAGAAUGAAAAAAAAAAUGAGGUGAUUCAAAAUACAAGGAAGUUUUAUGAAUAUGCUUAGGAUAUAGCAGAAAAAUUAUUUAAAAUUAAAUGUGAUUCAAAGAGAUGCAUAGUAUUCUUCUUCAGAAAUCCUAAUGAAGAAUAAUCCAUUUAUAAUUUCUCAUAAUAUAUCCAAAAUGAAAUUUACUAAUUUAUAUUAUAUGGAAUUCAUAAACUAUUAUCGGAAAAGUUUGUUUAUGAUCUAAUUUAUAUUUUGGGUCAUGAAAAUGAAAUUAAUAAUGUUAUAGAUUACCUUUUUUAAGUUCAAGAAUAACCCUCUAAUUAUUCCCAAAUAAUUUAAAACCUUUUCAUAAAAUAAAAAAUUUAACGGAUGAAAGAAGAGUAAAAACAAAAACCCUCAAUUGAAAUAGUAUAGUAUGAAUUUUAAGAUUUUCUAAAAGAUGAAAAUACCAGAUAUAGAGUAAGAAUAUUUAUUGAAGAAAUAUUAAAUAUAUUUUAGGCUUAAUCUAAGUAUUAUGAAUAAUAUGGUAUUGAAAAUUGA